AUGGGUUCGCAGAAGGUGCUGUUCGUUGCGGCACUAGGGUUGCUGUACCUGUCGAGCCAAUACUCCCCCAUUCUAUCCGCUGUGGCUUUUGCAAUUAUAGGGUUCGUGUGCACAAAUGCGCUUAUUCCGCGGGUCGGGGACUCGUUUAUCAAGAUUGGUCUGUUCGGUAAGGAUAUGAGCAAGCCCGGUAAGCCUGUGAUACCGGAGACCAUUGGUUCAGUGGCAGCUGUCGUGUACCUGUUUGUGAUGAUGUUCUUUAUUCCGUUCAUUUUCUACCGUUACAUGGUUAUUGGCACAUCCGGUGGUGGUCACAGAGACGUGGCAAGGGAAGAGACCGCACGGGAGUCCUUCUUCCCACAUAACAAGUUGUCAGAGUACUUGAGUGCGAUAUUGUGCCUCGAGUCCCAAGUUAUGCUGGGUGUGGCUGAUGACCUCUUUGACUUGCGUUGGAGACAUAAGUUUUUCCUCCCUGCAGUGGCAGCUAUCCCUUUGCUGAUUGUUUACUACGUCGAUUUUGGCGUCACUUACGUUCUAGUACCACAGUUCUUACAGAAAUACGUGCAUUUCACCAGCAUAGACCUGGGAGCCCUGUAUUAUAUCUACAUGAGCGCGAUGGGCAUCUUCUGUCCAAACUCAAUAAACAUCCUGGCGGGUAUUAACGGGUUGGAAGUGGGCCAAUGUAUUGUGCUGGCCAUACUGACACUAUUGAACGAUGCAAUUUACCUAACUGUAGGAGCAGAGGCAUCUAAGGAAGCUCACAGAUUUUCUACAGUACUAAUUUUGCCGUUCUUAGGUGUAUCACUAGCACUAUAUAGAUGGAACAAGUGGCCUGCUAAAGUAUUUGUGGGUGACACUUACUGCUAUUUCGCAGGUAUGGUAUUUGCAGUGGUCGGUAUACUAGGGCACUUCUCAAAGACCAUGUUGCUGUUGUUCCUACCACAGAUCGUUAAUUUCCUAUACUCAUGUCCACAGUUGUUCAACAUAGUUUUCUGUCCAAGACAUAGACUACCCAGAUUCAACGAAAGUGAUGGCCUACUAUACCCAUCAAGAGCGGACUUGAAAGAAAACCCACCAAAGGGUUUUUUCGUUCCAGUGCUGAGGUUAUUACAUGUCCUACAUCUCAUAGAUUUGGAAUUUGACAAGGACAACAAUAUCGUUAGUUGCUCAAAUAUGACGAUGAUUAAUUUGUUACUAGUUUGGUUUGGCCCACUAAGAGAAGAUAAACUUUGUAACAGAAUUCUUAUUAUCCAAUUCAUGUUCGGACUAUGUGCAUUAACGGCCAGGCAUGCUGUUGGAACACUGCUGUUCGGCAAUGACAACUUAUCCAGCAUUCGUUUACAAUAA